AAUGGCUGAUGAACCAACCACUCGCAGAAAGGCCUUAUUAAGAUGGGGCUCUGCUGCUGGAGAAUUGUUGGAGCAGCUUCAGGGAUUCCAGGGUAGGCACCCCCCUCAAAAAAAAAAAAGCUAGCCGGAUCUAGAGCCAACAGAACUGCUGAUGAGGAAGGUUUAAAGGCCUGGCCACAAGGGUCCCUGGACCGAAGAAGUGGCCAUAAGGCUGGUAAUGUCACUAUGCUGAGCAGCAAGAAGAAAUACAUUGUCAGUGGCAGUUCUGGGAUGAGAGCCCAGAUCCAGUUUGCUGACCAAAAGCAAGAAUUCAACAAACGUCCCAGCAAGAUUGGGCGCCGCUCUCUGUCUCGUUCCAUUUCACAGUCAUCGACUGACAGCUACAGUUCAGCUGCUUCAUAUACAGAUAGCUCUGAUGAUGAGACCUCCCCCAGGGACAAGCAGCAGAAGAAUUCUAAGGGGAGCAGUGACUUCUGUGUCAAGAACAUCAAACAGGCAGAAUUCGGACGGAGAGAAAUUGAAAUUGCUGAACAAGAAAUGCCUGCACUGAUGGCUUUGCGGAAGAGAGCUCAAGGAGAAAAGCCUUUGGCUGGAGCCAAAAUUGUGGGUUGCACACACAUCACUGCACAGACUGCUGUGCUUAUGGAGACCCUGGGUGCGUUGGGGGCUCAGUGCCGCUGGGCUGCCUGCAACAUAUACUCCACUCUCAACGAAGUGGCAGCUGCUCUGGCAGAAAGCGGAUUUCCUGUCUUUGCCUGGAAAGGAGAGUCAGAAGAUGACUUUUGGUGGUGCAUUGACAGAUGUGUGAAUGUGGAGGGCUGGCAGCCAAACAUGAUCUUGGAUGAUGGAGGGGAUCUUACUCACUGGAUUUAUAAGAAGUAUCCCAAUAUGUUUAAGAAGAUCAAGGGCAUCGUAGAGGAGAGUGUUACUGGAGUCCACAGGCUGUACCAGCUGUCCAAGGCUGGGAAACUGUGUGUUCCAGCAAUGAACGUCAAUGACUCAGUCACCAAACAAAAAUUUGACAACCUCUACUGUUGCCGUGAAUCAAUUCUUGAUGGACUUAAAAGAACAACAGACAUGAUGUUUGGUGGAAAGCAGGUGGUGGUCUGUGGCUAUGGAGAGGUGGGCAAAGGGUGUUGUGCCGCUCUGAAAGCCAUGGGCUCCAUUGUGUAUGUCACUGAGAUCGACCCCAUCUGUGCCCUGCAAGCCUGCAUGGAUGGAUUUCGACUGGUGAAAUUAAAUGAGGUCAUCCGACAAGUGGACAUCGUUAUUACCUGUACAGGUAACAAGAAUGUGGUAACCAGAGAGCACUUGGACCGUAUGAAGAAUAGCUGUAUCGUCUGUAACAUGGGACAUUCCAACACAGAGAUUGAUGUGGCGAGUCUGCGGACACCAGAACUGACCUGGGAGCGAGUGAGAUCCCAAGUUGACCAUGUAAUAUGGCCAGAUGGCAAGAGGAUAGUGCUGCUGGCAGAGGGCCGCCUCCUGAACCUCAGCUGCUCUACAGUGCCUACCUUCGUGCUGUCCAUCACGGCCACCACUCAGGCUCUCGCCUUGAUUGAGCUCUACAAUGCCCCUGAGGGUCGCUAUAAGCAGGAUGUCUACCUGUUGCCCAAGAAAAUGGACGAGUAUGUUGCAAGCCUACACCUGCCGACCUUCGAUGCCCACCUGACAGAGCUGACCGAUGAGCAGGCCAAGUAUCUGGGGCUCAACAAAAAUGGGCCGUUCAAGCCUAAUUACUACAGGUAUUAAGUUCCUGUAACGCAAGCCUCAAGUUUUAAGGAAUAGCACUCCAAGUCUUUUCUCCACUACUAUCCAGGAAAGAACCCAGCAAGCUGCUUCUCCAGCCAGAGCUGCCCGUCGUGCUCACCCUGUAGAUCAUAUGUUAGGUUAUUUAUUUAUUAAAAUCUAGACUCCUGUGCCUG